AUAAAAAUAUUAAUGAAUUUAAAUUAUAUUGACAAUUAUUGUUAAGCAGUAGAUGUCUCAUAAUAAAAAUAAAAACCAUCUAGCAUUCAUUAUUCACAUAGAGAAUAUACUUUUGCUCCUUAGAAUUAUAAUUAGAUUGGUAAUUAGAAUACUAAAAAAUCUAAUCAAGAUUCAAAUUAUAUUAAUAAUUACCAUAAUAGUAGCCUACCACCUAACAAUUAUACUAAAAAGAAAUCACCAAGUUAACCUAAUUCAUAUUUGAAUAAAUUGAAAUAAUAAUAUGCUCCAUUAUAAUCAACUUAAUCAACACAUUAUAGUAAUCAUAAUCAAUCAAUUGAGAGUGAACACUAAUCUUAUGAAUAAUUAAUUGUUUAUAAUAACUUAUUGAAAUUGGAGUUGGAAAAAAAAUUGUUUAAUUGUGGGGUUUUUGUUAUCAAAUAAAACAGUGGAAAAUGUGUUGAUUUUUAUAUGGAAUUGAAAAAAUAGAAAGAUAAUUAUGAAAAAUAAAUUUAAAAUUUAUAAGUAAUAAUAUAAAAUUAUGAGAACAAUAUAAAUGAAUAAGUGGACUUUAAAGAAUAUUAAAGAUAGAAUUAAGAAUUAAGUACAUCUAUUGAAUAAGCUAUUUCUAAACUUACAUUAGCAAAUUAAACAAUUAAUUAAUUAGAAUAAGAAAAAGAAUCUUUAUUAGAUUAUGUUGAUAAAUAGAAAGAUAUUGCUGAAUAAUUAAAAUAACAAAAUGAUUAAAAAGAUUUAAAAUAAAAGGAAGCAAAAAUAAUGAUUUUAUAAUUAUAAAAGUAGAUUGAAUAGUAUAAUGUUGAAUUGAUGGAGAAGGAGGAUUUCAUAAAAGAACUAAAUGAAAUGUAAAAUAGAAGCAAAAGUUUAUUAUAAGAUGAAAUUAUGAAAUAUCAAUCAUAAAUUACUAUAUUGCAAAGAUAACUAUAAGAUUAUGAAUAGCAAAAUAAAGAUUUAAGUAGGAAAUUUAAUGAUAGUGCAUCUUAAAUUUAAAUGAUUGUUAGACAAUCUGAUGAUAAACAAAGUUAAUUAUAAUUUACUCAGAUUUAGGAUAAUCAAAGUGUUUGUGAAUUUGAUAGUAAUUUAAAAUCAUCAAGAAAUACUAAUUUUAUUCAAAAAUAAUAAUAAGGUUUAGAUUAGAUGAUUAGAAUCAAUAAAUAAACUCUUUAAGAUUUUUAAUAGUAAUUGAUUUUGCAUUAGAAAUUAGGAGAGUAUUAAGAGAAGUUAAACAAUUAAUUAUUUUAGAUAGAAUAGUAGAAUAAAUAAUUAAUUACAAUAACUUAAUAGUAUUAAGAGUUACUCUAAUAAAAUUCAGAUAUCAUAGAGAAGGAAGCUAAUUUAAAUUAGUAGAUUUAUGAUUUAAAUUAGACUGUAGAAAAACUUUAAUAGGAAAGACAAGAAUAAGUUGAAUAAAUGGAAUAGUUAUAAUAAUAGAUAAUAGAUUAAAAUUAAAUAAAUUAAGACUUGAAUAAUUAAUACUUUAAAUAGAUUGAUGAGUUGUAAAAUGUGAAUUAGAUAUAACAAAAAUAUAAUACAUUAUAAAUAAAAGUAUAAGCAGAUGUGGAAUAUUAUGAAAAGUAAAUAUAUUAUAUAUAAUAGUUUAAUAAUUGAUUUUAAUUCCUAAUUAAUCAAAAUUUAGAAAAAGAUUGAAGAAAUAUUUGGAAAAUUAUAAAUUUUUGAUAUAAGUAAGAUUUAAAUGAAUGAGAUUUCAGCAAAUACAAUUUUGUUAUCUCUUGAUCAUCUUGAUAGUUUGAUUAGCAGAAAUAUUAAUUGUAAUAAAAUUUAACUAAAUACUUCAAAUAUUAUGAAUAAUACUUAGUUAAAUUUUUCAACUAAUUAGACACCUACAAACAUGGUGUAAAAUAGCAAAUAUUUUUCAAAUGAUUAUUUCGAUAGCAAUUAAAAAAACAGCAUGUUAAGUAACUAAAGCAAUUAUAAUAAACCAUAUUUAGUUAAAAGGAAUUACUAUUUAUGA